GAUCUGCACAGUAGUAAAUAUUAGCAACUUGAUGUUUUCUUCACCUUCACCAUGCAUACUUAAAAAUGAUGAGGCUGUGGUAAUCAUCUGUAACAGUGGUCUUAAAAAGUAAAUCUCAGCAAAAAUAAUAGUGUCAAAAUCUGGCUUUUAUAUUUAGGUCAAUAUUGAAAGCUUGCCUGACAACCUUUGAGCAUGUCCGAGGGAUUUAUAAAUUGAAUAUUUAUUGAUUAAUAGUUCAUGAAAUUCAGGUAUGGGUUCAUAUCUAUUGGAGACUCUGAAUGAUCUCUACAGCAAGAAACUUGUACAGACAUAUAGCGUCUUUCCUAACAAGAACGAGAUAAGCGAUGUGGUGGUCCAGCCCUACAACUCUCUUCUGACACUCAAGCGCCUUACUCUGAAUGCUGAUUGUGUAGUUCUUCUUGAUAAUACUGCGUUGAAUAGAAUUGCUGUGGAACACCUUCAUAUUCCGAAUCCUUCCGUCUCCCAGACCAACUCUUUAGUUUCAACUGUAAUGUCAGCAAGCACAACCACUCUGCGUUAUCCUGGAUACAUGAAUGGCGACUUAGUUGGCCUUCUUGCUUCAUUGAUUCCAACACCAAGAUGUCACUUUCUAAUGACAGGAUAUACACCUCUAACAGUAGAACGCCAGGCUAAUAUGAUCCGUAAAACUACUGUACUAGAUGUGAUGAGAAGACUUCUUCAGAUAAAGAAUAUCAUGGUCUCCCCUAAUGCCUGGACAAAAGAAGCUAGUCAGGCAAAGUACAUAUCGAUAUUAAACAUUAUACAGGGAGAAGUUGAUCCUACUCAGGUUUAUGAUAGUCUUCAAAGAAUCCGUGAAAGAAAGCUUGUUAAUUUCAUUGAAUGGGGACCUGCAAGCAUUCAGGUUGCUUUAUCUAGAAAAUCCCCUUAUGUUCAAACUGCGCAUAGGGUAAGUGGCCUUAUGCUUGCAAGUUAUACUGGUAUCCGGCACCUAUUUAGAAAAUGUUUGAGUCAGUAUUCACUAUUGAGGAAGCGGCAAGCAUUUCUUGACAAAUACAGGAGUUUCCCGUUGUUUGAUGAUAAUGAUCUUUCAGAAUUUUGAUGAAUCUAGAGAUAAUUGAGAGCUUGGUUGAUGAAUACAAGGCUUGUGAGUCCCCUGACUACAUCAAAUGGGGGAUGGAGGAUCCAGAUCACAUCCUAACUAGAGAAGGGAAUGCUACAGGAUCCGUGGCUCCAAACUUAGCAAUAUGAACUACUAGUGUACCCCACUUUCAC